AUGAACCUGCAGAUCUGCUUUGUCAAAGACAGUGGCAGCCAUAAGGACAGCGAUGCUGAGGACAGUAAGACUGAAACCAGCUUGGACACCCCCCUAUCUCCGAUGAGCAAACAGAGUUCUUCCUAUUCUGACAGAGACACUGGUGGGAUGAACCUGCAGAUCUGCUUUGUCAAAGACAGUGGCAGCCAUAAGGACAGCGAUGCUGAGGACAGUAAGACUGAAACCAGCUUGGACACCCCCCUAUCUCCGAUGAGCAAACAGAGUUCUUCCUAUUCUGACAGAGACACUGCUGAAGAGGAAUCCGAAUCCUUGGAUGACAUGGACUUCCUCACAAGGCAAAAGAAAUUGCAAGCAGAAGCCAAAAUGGCCCUUACCAUGGCCAAACCAAUGGCCAAAAUGCAAGUAGAAGUGGAAAAACAGAACAGGAAAAAGUCUCCUGUGGCUGACCUUCUGCCUCACAUAAGUGAAUGCUUGAUGAAAAGAAGUUUGAAACCCACUGACCUGAGAGACAUGACUAUUGGGCAGCUACAAGUGAUAGUCAAUGAUCUCUACUCCCAGAAAGAAAGCUUGAAUGAAGACUUGGUCCAGCUGCUCCUCAUCCGGGAUGAGCUGCACACAGAGCAGGACGCCAUGCUGGUGGACAUCGAAGACUUGACCACACAUGCUGAAAGUCAGCAGAAGCACAUGGCAGAGAAAAUGCCUGCAAAGUGAAAAGAAGCCACCCACCAGGGGUCAAGCUAGCAUUUCUUUUGCUUCUGUGAUUGUAAAAAUGCUGUUAUUGAAGAUGGCGCAGAAACAUCAGUGUUAGUCAUCGAUAAUGUCUGAAGCUUAACGUCCAGUGAUUGGCCUUUGCUUCUUAAUUUAUUUUAAUUUUGUACUUGUGCCACUUAAUAUCAGGCAUUUUAAUAAACUAUUGUUACAGAAAAUGUACAGUACUUAUACCAUCCCAAAUCAUGGUUAACCCAAGAGGGUAGUUUUAACUUUAUUCGUAUUUGUUUGGAGGUUUUACGUUGGAGCCGUAUUUUCCCAUGGACUACUUUCAUUCUUCACUGUAGUUUUAAAGAACUGUAAAUGACGGUGCUAUUCAAGUCAAAACAUACAUGCCUGCCUCGUAGUGAAGUUGUAGCUCUUCGUAAUAUGUAUAUUUUAAUCAGUUUUCAACAUUUUGUGAUGUUGACUACCUGAAGUUCCUUUUUAGAUGUGCUAUUAACAUUCUGUUGGAUUCAGAGGGUUCCUUGAAAGUUUUAUGUAUAAAUAUGUAAAAUAAAAAUUAAAACUUU